GGCGUGUGAAAUAAGCGGAAUACAGGGCCUUGUAAAGUACAUCGUCUCGAGAUGGCAACACCAACAAAAUCGAAGCCUUCAACUAGUGGGGGUACAUCCCCUGGAAGGCGUGCCAGACAGGCAUCCCCAGCUCGCAUCUCACGCCAAGAGGAGAAAUCCCAGCUACAGAAUCUGAAUGACCGAUUGGCAGCGUAUAUUGACAGGAUCCGUAAUUUAGAAACAGAGAACAGUCGUUUACUAGUGCAGGUGCGGUCAUCGGAGGAAACAGUUACGCGGGAGGUGUCCAGUGUCAAGUCUAUGUAUGAAAAGGAAUUGGAAGAUGCGCGUCGUGUUUUAGAUGAUACAGCCAAAGAAAAGGCUCGAUUACAAAUUGAAAACGGAAAACUUAAAGCAGACGCUGAUGAGUGGAAAGGAAAAUUCAAAAAGAGAGAUAGGGAGGCUAAAGAUGCUGAAAACACCGCCCAGAGAUUGCAGAAGGAAAAUAGUGACCUUCAGUCCCGAACAAGUGAUGCAGAGGCAGCCAGGAAAGCACUGGACACUGAAGUUAAUAAUCUGAGAGGAGAGAUAGCCACUCUAGAGAGUCAACUUGCACAUGCAAAGAAGCAGUUGGAGGAUGAGACUCUCCUAAGAGUUGACUUGCAAAACAGACUUCAGAGCAGCAAAGAAGAACUGCAGUUUAAAUCGCAGAUGUAUGAACAGCAACUGAGUGAGAGGUCAGUAAAGACAACAACAGAGUAUGAUGACGUUGAUUCUGCUCUCAGAGAAGAGUAUGAGAGUAAGAUGCAGGAAGCCUUGCAGGAAAUGAGAGAGAAACAUGAUCAGCAGCUCCAAGAAGUUAGAGCAGAAUUGGAACUUAUUCAUGAAAGACAGGUGGGCAAUCUGAAGAGUGCCUUGGACAGAAGUAUGAGUGGACCCAUUGCUUCUACAGACGAAAUUAAGAUUACAAGGAGGAGAGUUGAUGAGUUGUCAUCAGAAGUCACCAAAUUAAAGAAAGAGAAUGCAGCAUUAGAGGCUCAAGUGUUAAACCUGCAGUCUCGGUUGGGACGGGAACAAGAGGAGUUUGAAGAGCGACUUGCCCUGAAAGACCAGGAGAUUUCAGAUCUUAGAGCUGCCAUGGAAGAGCAGAGUCAAGAGUAUGCUGACAUUUUAGAGGUCAAGAUUAAACUGGACAAUGAAAUUACCACCUAUAGAAAGCUAUUGGAGACUGAAGAGGAAAGAUUGAACAUGUCACAGACUUCAUCUCCUGGAUCUACUCCAGGUAGCAGGAGGGGACACAAAAGAAAAAGAGUAGCUUUGUCACAGCAAGUCCAGGAGUUUGAAUCUCAUUCUACCUCAGGGUUUUCUGCACAAUCUGAUGCAAGUGGCAAUGUAAACAUUGAAGAAAUUGACACAGAUGGGAAAUUUAUUCGGCUUCACAACACCUCCCAUGAGGAUGUUGCUGUAGGAACAUGGCAGUUACAACUGCGCCAUUCAGAGGCAGAUGAUGCAGAAAAUAAAGCACAAUACAAAUUUCACCAUUCUCUCCAAAUUAAGGCAGGGCAGAUGUGUACAGUAUGGAGUUCUGGCACUGGUCAAACACAUAACCCACCAACUGACCUUGUCAUGAAAGGUACCAAAUGGAUCCCUAACAAAGAUGUUAUGGUGUGUGUUUUGGUCAACUCAGAUGGAGAGGAAGUGGCAAGAAGAACAAUGACAAAGAAGAUUCAAAGGAUUACUACCUCUAGUUACCGACCACUCUCGGGGUCUGAAACUGAUGGAUCAGGGAGGGCAGGCUCAGAUAGGUGUUCCAUAAUGUAGUAAAUAAGGAAUAGAAUCCAGUGGAAUCAGUCUGUGGAUGAUGGAGCCUCAUUUUAAGAUGUCCAGUCCACUUCAUCAGGAAUACCUAGGUUACUUAUUACAAUAUACUUCUGUCUUGCCUUGGACCAAUGUGUGUUGUGAUCAUUGUUAAUGUGAACUAUUGGAUAUAAGUGUCAAUGUGUGCUAACAGUUGAUUCAAGAAAAAUCUUUUAAAUCAAGAUUUUAUGGCAAGAUAUAGGAAAUUAUUUUGUUAUUUUUCUUAUUUCUUGUUAAAUCAAGGCAGCAAUUGACCAUUGUUCAGUUCAAGGUUUCUCCAAUCUUGAUGUGUUCAUUUAAAAUGGGCAUUACUUAAAUUUUGCUUUGUGUUACCCCCUUAAAAGAAUGAAUGCACAUUUGCUGUGAAAUUUAUUUUAGAAAAUAUCUUGUUUAUUAAGAAAACAGUUUUGGAGGUAUUGUAGAAUAUGUACACUUAGUGUAAUAAAAACCAGUGGUUGUUAGCCACAGAAGAAAUGUUUGUCAAGCGUACAUUUAUAACCCCACCUUGUAUUUUAUGCCAUAAAGAUAUUAGAAUUUUUUUUUUGAAUAAGACAUUUACAUAAUAUUAAUGUUUGUUGUUUUAUUUUGAGUGUAUUUAGACCAGUAUAUUUGUAGGGUCAUUUUAUUAAAAUAUAUACAAUUUUUUUUCUCUGUCCUUAGUGGACUUUUCAUUCUGGAAUUUUUGUUUUUCAUAACUUGUUCUGUGAAAUUUAACACAACGGUUGUGUAGCCUUUGUUUUAAAAUUGGGGGAGUUUACAUGAUAUGUCAGAUCUAAAUAUCUCCACAUUAGAUGUAGUGACUAUUUAUUCUAUGCUUUGGCUUGCUAAAGAUUAAGGUUGUCCAUCCCUCUGAUAGAUUCUGAAAAUAAGCAGUUGAGUGACUUAAACUGCUGACCCUGAAUUCAACAAAUGUGUCAAUCAUGUUUGUAUAGAGAGAAUCUCAUAUUUUGGGGGGAAAUUAAUUCAAAUUAUUGAUAGAAGUGAUUUUUCUAGUUGAAAAUUUGGAGAUGAACAUACUUGAGGGUAAAAAAAAUUAUAUUCAUGCAUUUUAAAAAAAGUUGCAUGCUUUUGAUUUGGUAACGAGUUCCUCAAAAAUGAUUAUUUCAGUCCACGUUUCAAGAGUAACAUACCGGUAUAUCCAUGUAAAUGAUAAGUUCAAGACUAUUACUGUUCUUUGCAGAGGGAUGGAAAUCUUUUAAGUGCAAGUCUUGUUUCUCCACUAUUUAUGCUAUAUUUUGUUAUUGUUUUGUGUAAACAACAUAUACUUCUAUCUUUUAUUAAAGUGUCUUCUUGAACAACAUAUCACAAAGUUUAUAUUUGAUAAGUGUACAUGUAUCAUGGUUGUCAUUGUUCUGUAUAAAAAUGGGGCCAACUUUAAAAAAUUGUUUGAUUGCCCUAUCCCUGACUAGAAAUUGCUGGACUAAAAACUUUUUUUAACCUCCAGGAAACAAUUUUUUUUUUUUAUUAAUUCUGAAAAUUUCUCAUCCUAUUAAAACUGUGUUAACUUCAUAUUCAUUGAUAUUUUUUUUUUUCGGGAGGGGG